AUGUUGUUCGACCAACCUGCGGCGGAAUGGGUUUUCAACUAUUGCUCGAAUAAUGAAUUCGUGACGUGGCGUGAAUUCUUGGAGGAUGUACAUCACCGUUUCGAUCGACAGAGCUUCAAGAACUUCUAUGGGCUGAUAGCAAAAUUGACACAGACAGGAACGGUGUUGGAAUAUCACGACACGUUUGAGCGAUAUCUGAAUCGUGUUAAGGGGGUUCCAGAAUCAGAUCUGUUCACCCUAUUUGUCGUUGGCCUUAAACCCGAUUUGCGGGAGAGGCUAGAAUUGCAUCGACCCCAAUCCCUGGCUGCCGCCAUGGCUCUAGCACUGGAGCUGUCGGAUACCAUGGCGGAACGCAUACCCCAGCCGUCGACUGGAGCGCGACGAUCCUGGCUGAACCGGGACGCGAGGGGGCCGACGGUCUCUGCCCCGCUGCCGCAACCUUCCCCGACACCAGGCGCGCCAGCCCAUCCCCAGGGCGGCUCGGGAAGACCGGCAGUUCAGCUGCGGUCCCCGAUGGUCCGUGUGUCACAGGCGGAAAAAGUGGAUCGGGCACGGUUGGGCCUUUGUUAUUACUGCCCCGAUAAAUGGGUAAUGGGCCAUGUGUGCAAGCAGCGUUUGCUGUGCUACGCAGAGGAGGACGGAGACGUGGGCUCGGACAGUGAACUACUGCCGGAGGAAAGUGUGGCAACAAAUGUCACCCAUAUCCAGGCCAUGCAUGGGGGCCAGCGAUCCCGGCCCCUCAAGGUGACGGGUUUGUUUGCGGACCGAGAAGUUGGCAUCUUGAUUGACACGGGCAGCGACAGGGACUUCCUACAUCCCAAAAUUGCGGAGGGGCUUCACCUACCCUUGUCGCCAAUUCUGCCUUUUCGAGUGGUUGUUGGGAAUGGCGAGGCACUGCUAUGUACUCAUGUUUCCCGGCAUACACGGGUGGAGGUUCAGGGGACAGUCUUCAUGGUAGACUUGCAUAUUCUCCCCAUCCACGGUCCGGACGUAAUUUUGGGGAUGGAUUGGUUGGAAUCCUUGGGGAAGGUAAUGGCCGAUUUCGGGGGGAAGACACUCGAGUUCGUUCAAGGGGGCAAGAGCAUUGUCUUGAAGGGGAUUCUGCCCCAACCCAGACGCGUAAGCUUACAUUCAUUACUUGCCUCGUCGUCCUCUCACGCGGCCUGCGAAUUUUAUGAAGUGUUACUUCUGGACUCAGAGGUUUCUGCCCUGGCAGCCAGCACGGAGGAGGGGUUUCCGCCAAACCUGCAUCCGGGGGUAGCAGCCGUGUUGGAGCGGUUCCGGCAGGUGUUCGGUGUGCCGGAGGGCCUUCCACCGGUACGACAAUUCGACCAUCGCGUACACCUAUUGCCAGGGGCGAAGCCCGUGAAUGUGAGACCUUAUCGCUACCCGUACUUUCAAAAAAAUGAAAUAGAGCGGCAGGUGAAGGAGAUGUUGGAGCAGGGUAUUAUUCAAAGGAGCAACAGCCCCUUCUCAUCGCCGGUCCUACUAAUCCGCAAGAAGGAUGGGACAUUCCGUUUCUGUAUUGAUUAUCGAGCACUAAACAACGCCACGGUGCCCGACCAUUUCCCGAUUCCGACGGCCGACGAGCUCUUCGAUGAGUUAGGCAGGGCGAGGGUGUUCACUAAAUUAGAUUUGCGCUCGGGCUACCAUCAAAUCCGGAUAAACAACGAGGACGUUUUCAAGACGGCCUUUCGCACUCACGACGGCCACUUUGAAUUUCUGGUCAUGCCGUUCGGAUUGACGAAUGCCCCGUCAACAUUUUAG